CAAGCAACUGCAAAGCAGCAAGCUCUACUCUUCUUCUGUACUGAACGUGUGACUAGAUAACAAUAAGCGUGAACCAUGGCGGACGAGUACGGCCGCAGCGGCUACGGCAGGUCCGGCGCCGGCGACGACUACGACAGCGGCUACAACAGCAAGUCCGGCACUGAUGACUACGGCCGUGGCGAAGGUGGCUACAACAAGUCGGGCGGCGAUGACGACUACGGCCGCAGCGGCGGCGAUGGGUACGGCAGGUCCGGCGGCGACGACUACGGCCGUGGCACCGGCGGCGGUGGCUACAACAAGUCCGGCGGCGGCGAUGACUACGGCCGUAGCGGCGGCGACGACUACGGCCGUGGCACCGGCGGUGGCGGGUACAACAAGUCCGGAAACGACGGCUACGACAGCGGGUACAACAGAUCGGGCACCACCAACGACGACGAAUACGGCCGUGGCACCGGCGGCGGGUACGGCAGCAAGCCCUCUGGCGACGACGCGUACGCCGGCGGCGGCGGUGGCGGGUACGGCAAGCAGUCCGGUGGAGGCGCGGACGAGGGCGGAGAGUACGGCUCCUCCCGGGACGACUCGGAGAAGUACAGGAAGGAGGAGAAGGAGCACAAGCACAAGGAGCACCUCGGCGAGAUGGGCGCCCUCGCCGCCGGCGCCUUCGCCCUGUACGAGAGGCACGAGGCGAAGAAGGACCCGGAGCACGCGCAGCGGCACAAGAUCGAGGAGGGCGUGGCGGCGGUGGCUGCCCUGGGCAGCGGCGGCUUCGCGUUCCACGAGCACCACGACAAGAAGGAGGCCAAAGACGCGGCGGAGGACGCCGGGGAGGAGGAGGAGUCCGGCCGCCGCGGCGAGGGGAAGAAGAAGCACCACUUCUUCGGCUGAUCGGGCUGCUGCUCGAUCGAUCUACUUGCGUACGUAGGCUGCUCCCCAGGACCAGAAGGAGCAUGCAUGGAGGGCGAACGAAGUCACGGGGGUUUGAUUGCCCGUCUAUGUAUAUCAUGUGUAGUUACUGAUGAUGUGUGUGCAUGGUACUUCGUACGCGUGUUUGGUGAUCGAUGUGUGGUGUGUGUGUCUCUGCAUGGACAUUUUCCUACUCUGCGUUUUUUCUCUCUCUACUGAUAUAGUAUAUAUGUGGUGUGUCUAUAUAUGUGUGCACGUGGUUUUCGCUCGGCUUUUUAUCAACGCUUUGAGAAUAAAAGCUUUCUCUUCAUCUG